UUAUCCCUAUUUGAGUCUUUUUUCCCAGAGCUUUUGAAUAUAAAGUACUAUGUUUCAUUUAUUUUUCGUAGACUAAAUUACGAUACAUUCAAUAAAGCGGGUAUUCGAAACAUUUUUUCUUUUACUGUUCAAAAUAUUAGAGUUUGUCUGCAGUAAACUUCAAAUAAAGCCAAACUCCUAGCAUUCGAAGGGAAUAUCAAACAUUGCAGUAGCUGUUCAAAUGUCGUCCUGUGCUAGUUUGCAAUAAAUGAGUUUUCUACUAUGUCAAAUCUAGAUUUAAGUAAGAAACAGACCAAUUUCUCGUGUAGCAGUUGCAGGGAAGUUGCUGUAGCACUUUUCUGGCUAUGAGUAAGGGCGGUGUAUGUCCUUUGGUUGGGUAUCAAUGGAAAUCAUGCAACAUUGUUUGGAUGAAAAAGUAUUUUGUAUAAAGCAUGCCGAUACCUGUCAUUGUUAAAUGUUUUUGAAUUAUUUUGACACUGGAAUAGGUUGGGUUGUCUCCAACCGGCAUAUGUGUUCAGCAAACAAUAAGGUUUUUCUUUCUGCUUUUGUAAUUAGCACUUGCCACAAAACAUAUUUUGCACAUUGAAGUUCGUAUAAACACGAAAGAGAAACAGAGCAUUUUCAGUCAACAACGAAACAAGUUUGUUUGUCGCCUAUCAUUGUUCUUUUACUUUUAGAAAAUUUGACAGAUGUUUUCAGACUGUCUGUCUAUAGUUCUGUUCUGCUCAGUUUUCUUACUCAGUGUAAAGAGUUCAUUUUAACUGAUUCUGUGCAGUUACAAAUGAGAAGUAGAAGGACUGAUUGCUUGCUUUUGGCAAACUGGCAAAUUCUUCAAGUUUUUAGACCAGGGCUAAAGAAGCGCAUUCUAUGACGGCAGCUCUCACCAUCUUCGCGCGGCCAACUGAUUUCAAAAGAGCAUAUCAGCUUUACAUUCGAUUCAAGCAAUUGAGCUCUCCCAUUGGGGCUGUUACAAAAUCUUUCUUUAUUUAUCUGGAACCUGGUUAUUUACGUCAACAUGUUUAUAUUUAGACGCCGAAAUGGCAAGAAAUGAUACUUUCUUAGCGAUCCGCGAUCACCUUUAUUUAUUUACAAGAGGCCCCCAGUUACAAGGCGGCUUUUAUUGGCAAGAUUGUUUGAUUUGCUGUCCCUUGAUGUCCGAUCAUUCACCGGUAUCAGUGAAGAAAUACCCGCUGGAUUUCAGAAAUUGUCUUCACAGGUCUACCAUGGCUAGUCUACCAUGAAUAGGAGGGAUUGAAAAAACAUUUAAGCAAUGAAUGUUGAUAGGCGUGGUACGAAAGCCACCCGAAGAAUCUAUUCGUCAAGACUUCAACUUUAUAGUGUGUUAGUUAUGCUGCUUGAAGACAAACGAUAAUUGCUGGGCAGUUGCAGGUGACUGUUCAUCUAUGCAUCAAGAAGGCACGUUGUCAGUAUAUUCGCAAUCGCAGAAGGCAGAGGUUAGAUUAACGCUUGAGUUGGUUAUGUUUUUAAUCUAAAAGCUGCUUUACGGACAUCUAGAGCAGCAUUUCAUGGUUGGCAACUGUGCUUCUGGGGGAUCGCUAUCCGGAUAACGAAUUUUUUACAUAUCAAGUUCUGGAGUGGCCAGACUUUGUUUAAUAAAAACAAAAUGAACUACUCGCGCAUCAAUUUAAGUAUUGCUUCGAAUAGCCAGAACGACAGUUUCUCGUGUCCCGGCAAAAAUGUGGUGGACAGAAAUUUGCAAGUUGUGCUUUUCAGCCUGAUAAUAAUUGUUUCGCUUAUCGGGAAUUUUUUGAUUGUAGCUAUUGUGAUCAAGAACAAACGGAUGCAUACCUUGUCAAAUUUGUUAAUCAUGAACAUAAGUUUGGCCGACCUACUCGUUACAUUGUUGCCUAUGGUUUGGGAAAUCGUCAGGUUAGGGUACUUCACCGACGGUACAUGGCCUUUGGGCAGCUUCAUGUGCGUGUUUGCCUUUUUCUGUGUUUAUAUGUCGGUUGCUUGCUCAGUGUUGAGCCUAAGCGCCGUCUCUAUUGAUCGUUAUUACUUGAUUGUCAAGCCACAUUCAUACAGCUUGAAGAAUCAGUAUAUAAAGUACAUUAUAUUUGGUAUUUGGGCAUCGGCAUUCUGCUUUGCAUUACCGACAAUACUUAUGCAAAGAGUUGUUACUGACAAAGACACCGGAAAAAAGCAAUGCGUAGAAGCAUGGAAGAACCCCUUUGACCCAAAGACUAGCCCUCGCAUUUACACAGCAGUGCUAUUUGUCUUCUUGUACGUGAUUCCAUUGAUGAUGAUGACUGUGUUGUAUUCAAAGUUGUGCUUAAAACUGUGGAUGAGAAACAGCCCCGAAAGCAUGAUCUCAAAGAGCCGAAAGAAAGCCGUUAUGCGGAAAAGAAAGGUUGUCAUUAUGCUCAUCUUCAUGGUUCUCAUUUUCGCCAUUGGCUGGUUUCCAAUAUUCCUGGUACAGUUUAUGACGUAUUUUGAUUCUCGCGUCGCCCGUUGUGCCUACAGUAUUCCCGAAUCGCUAAUCUUUGUGGGAUAUUUUUUCGAGUACUUGAGCAGUGCGUUGAAUCCGUAUGUUUACUUUGUGUUCAGCGAGUCUUUUCGCCACGGGCUCGCAACUUUAUUCCAGUGUCAAACCAGAGGGCGACCAAGAGCCAGAAGUGGGACUGUUUCUAGAUUGCAACUCUCAAAAUAUACACCAUCUCCAACCGCUUUUCGAGACGAAAACAGAAUUCACAGAAAUGGUAGCUUGCGAGUUUCGCCUGAUUCAGACUGUAUUGAAAGACGGCCGUCAAGUUCGCCCAUGAGAUUAAACACAGACGAUAUACAUUUUCGUCAAACAAGUCCUGUAAAAUGACACAGAACCGUCAUUAUAAGUGAAAAAUAAAAGUCUAUGAGAGAUUAUUAGAUUAAGGCUGCUUGUAAAAUACUAUCGAAAAUUUUGUAUUUUUUGGAUAACUGAGCAAGCGUUAUGAAGCAAGGGUUCUCUGAUUAUGACCGACCUCUGCAGAAACUCAUUCUCUCCAAGUUAGAGUCUAACUUGGAUAUAAAUUUUUGUCCCAUGUAUGAUAACCUCUGAAAUUGAAACCAUUACCUACCCCUUUACCUUGGGCUGUGAUCAUUUUCAUAAAACGUUUCUCUUGGCUAUCAUGAUUCUGUCACCGUUGCAUGUUUCAAAUGAAUUCUGAUACAAAUCUUAACUUUUAUAUGAAUCUUCAGUACAUACAGCAGUGGAGAUAUAUGUCUAUAAAAUGUGAUUUGCUUAGAUGUAGAAAUACCCCCUGUCCCCUUUAAUUAUCACCUUCUCUCGCGAAUGCCUUCUCCAGGCACUGCAGAUUAACCGUGAUGUCUUUUAAAGGAUUUUGGUUAUUCCUGUCAAACAAAAAUUAAGGAUUUUUGGGAAGAAUAAAGAGACAACCUAUUAGAGUAUUCGUUUAUUUUAGUUUGUUCAUGAAAGUUAUACUCAUAUUUUUAAGUAACAAGUUAUAUUUUGUUUUUAAAACCCGUAUCCUUGCCAACUGCUCGUCGGAUUGGUUAGAAGGUCUAAAACGGCUAUUGCAGGUGCAAAAUGUUCCUUAUGAGAGAUUGGCAAUCUAUAAUUAUGAUAUCGAAUAAAGCGUUGUAUUAAAAACUGGUUCACUUCAUUAGUUUGAAACAAAGUUGUGUUUCCUGUUUGCAAAUCGAUUUAUUUAACAUGUUUCAAGCCGAUCUCUUUGUUUAAGUGUUCAUUCUUCGCACAUCCAUCACCUGCUUUCUCUCUGCAGGUUAAUAUGAUAAAUAUCAGUGUCAGUGUUCUUAAUUAAAAUACACAGCUGACAAGUAUAAUUACAGAAGAAAUAUUCCAGCCUAAAAUAAAAU